CGCAUUGAAGCCGCUUCAACUUGUAUUCUUAUCUCAUUCAUACUGACGGUCAUGAGUCUUGCCUUCGUCCACGCGCAUGACUGUGCAGAACCAGCCCCGCUAGCCCACUCCGACGCGAUCUGGGGCGCGUCAUGGACUGCACUCGACACUGUCGUCUCCGUCUCCGCUGAUGGCUCGAUCAAGCAGUGGAACUCCUCGACCGGCCAGCGGCAUCCCGCGAACGCAGAGUUCCCUCCCCCCCACACUCUAGCGCUCGUCUCCCUCUCCGUCGCCCCGGAUGGCACACGCGCACUGUACAACAGCAUAGAAGGACUGACGGCGCUCUGGGAUCUUACGAAUGGGCAGGUGGCGGCCAAGUUCGAGAGCUAUGCGCGUGGAACGGAGGGCGCGGAGCCAUGCAAGUCAUGGUCCGUUUCGCUUCACCCGCAAGGCGAGACCUAUGCGGCGACGAGUAGCUCAGGGAAUGUAUCGAUUUAUUCGGCGAAUCCCGAGACGUUUGGAAAGCGGGUUGCAUCGCUCGCGUCGGGGCGGUCCAAGUUCGGGAUGAAAUGUAAACACAGUCCUGACGGAAAACGCGUCGCACUCUCAACGGAGGCGGGCCAGAUUUACAUCUUCGAUCUCGAAGCUGGCGCGCUUUCUGCGACCUACACGUCGCAUGCACUCGCUGUUCGAGCACUGUCCUGGUCGGCGGACUCCAGCUUGUUGUUGAGCGGAUCAGACGACAAGCGUCUCGUGCUGCACGACGUGCGGACAUCACAAGGUGGAACAGUGGCCUCAUUUACGGGCCACUCUUCGUGGGUGCUGAGCACAGAUAUAUCCCAAGAUGGAAAGCUUGGGCUAUCGGGAUCGGCGGACAAGUCGAUCAAAGUGUGGGAUAUUGGUGCAAGAGCAGCGGUCUCUACAGUCCAGGACACAGGCGAGGUGUGGUCUGUCUCCUGGCGACCAAAACCCUCUGCUGGAGGCGCCGGUGCCUUCAUCAGUGGUGGACAGGACGGUGUUGUGAGAUGGUGGCGCGGCGCAGGUGUCACGGUCUGA